UUGUUCAUGCAAUGGCGUGAGAUGAUGUGUAAAAUUCAAAAUUGGUAAUCUUGGUUCAUUCAAUCUUAGGCGCCAUAUAUAUAAUAAAACCAAAACUAACAACCCAAACACCGUUUCUUCAACUAUUUUUCUUUCUUCUCUUCUCUUUCUUUCCGCCAUUUCCUUCUCUCACCAACCAAAUCUUCGCCAUUUUCUUCUUCCUCAUUCCCCCAUCAAUUAUUGGGCUCUCGCACUCAAUCAAUGCAACAACACUAACAACCAAACAAAACUUCCAAACUCUAAUUUAUUUGCCUUCAAUUCCUAACUUUCUCUCUCGUUUCCGGGAAAAUCGACCUUCCCAGGAACGAGAGAGGAGGUGACGGGAUUACAGGCCAAAAAUAUCAUUUUUCAAUACCAAUUUCUCCUUCAUUUGGAAAUCGCUGUUUCGUAGCUUCCGUUGGCCAUCGCGUGUUCCGAGUCAGACCAGGGAGACCCACGUCGGGGAAUCGUCGAAAGUUCAAAACUUGCUUCAGAAUCUGAAUUGGGUAUGAACUUAGUGCGCGUGAAUUGAUCACAGCUCAUAAGGCUCUGGGGAGAGAAAACAGAGAGAGAGAGAGAGAGAGAAAGAGAGAGAGAAAGGUGUCAUGGAUGAAGAGUUCGAGAAGAUCGAGGUUGAAUACGCGCCUCUUUGCGAGGGACAGGAGAUUGACAUUGAAUACGAGUUCGACGCGCCUCAGUUCUUCGCUUUCACGCGUCAAGAGACGGCUUGGGACGCUUCCGAAGCAGAGCAGUGGUUUGAAUACGCCACGAGUUACCCACCUUCACCGUUUCUCUUGAAGGCGAGGUCGGGAAACUCUGAUAGUAUCACGGAGAAAGAACAAGUUUCAGAUGAUGAAGAUAAUAGCACAGACACGUCAAGUGGUAAGACAAAGCCUCUCAGCAAGUCAAGUUCAUCUAAAGGAAAAGGUUUCUCUUUUAUGAAACCAACAGCAAGUCAUUUAGCCAAGCAGAAGAACGUUUCAGAAGUUCGGAGCCCUGAGUCCAUCAGCAGGUUUCAGAGACAGAAUUCUUCUUCCACAGAUUGCGCAUUAACCAAAAGGCAAAAGCUCGAAGCUGGUUACUUGCGCAAGGCUGCCCGUUUGAAGCAUCAAAUUCGCUUUACACAUAAGACUAAGAAGGUUGAUCAGCCUGCUGCGAAUUCAGCAUCUAAAUCAAAUGUCACCAUUGCUAAAGAACCAAAUUUGGUGACAGCCCUUAGGGCACACAGACACACGUCUAAAAGCAGUGCUGAAUCAGGUGGAACUACACAAUCAAGUUCUCAGGAGUCUAAAGCAAGACCCUUGAAUAAAAAAAUUUUGGAGGGUCCUGCACAAACAUUGUCUAAGACCAAAACAUCACGACCAACUCAAUGUCAAGAGUUCCAUUUAAGAACAUCGGAGAGGGCAAUGCAAAACACAUAUAAUAAUGUGCGAAGUAGUCUGAAAUGCAAUUCUAUCUCAAAUACCGAAUCGAGGAAUCUCAUAAGGACAAACUCUGGCACUGUUGGUUCAGUGCAGGAGAAACGUAGAAGCAGUAACAAACUUCGAGGUAGCUCAGAUGUUAAGCAGCUCUCAAGUAAAAGUGAAAGAGGUGUCUUCCGAAAUAUCAAAGUAUAUCCAUUGGAGCCAAACGACCAGGAUUCUACAAAUGAACCACCCACUGAAUUGUUCAGCAAGCUCACGCUGGCUUCUGAGAUGGAACAAACUGCAAAAUCAUCAUCAAGGAAGCAGACAAUGUCUAAGGGCUCGAAGGAGAAUAGACAUGGAUCCUUUCAAGAUAACGAGAGAAUGAAAGUGGUGAAAGAGGGAAUGCAGAGAUCAUGUGGGAAGCAGUAUCAACGUGUAAAUGAAAUGGGGUCCCUCAUCUCAAAGCAAACCUGUAUGCUGGCAAGUAGAAACAAUUCCAAAUAUAAUCUGCUUUUUUGAGGUCGUUUAUGUUUAUAAUGAUGGCAUCAUUCUGAGAAGUUAGAAGUACUAAAGUUGCACCAACUUGUUGUUUUUGACUCAGGAAAUAUGAUUCUAAUAGAAAAUAUAGUGGUGGUGUUGGUUAGUGUAGAAAAGUUGGUUAAAAUUCCAGAAAAUGCUACUCUGAAUGACAGGAAGUUCAGCAGUAAGAAACACUGAAAACCAACCAAAGGGGCAUUCUUUGCUGAUAUGUGGAAACAAAGGAUUCUGGCUAAAACAGAUUGGUUAGGAAGUUACAAGAUAAAACCUAAUGCACUUAUGUAUGUAUUGUACGACAUAGCAUUAGACUUUGAAGAUUCUUCAAAGACACAAAUGAAAUGUGGUACAGUUGAGGCGUAAAAAUAGUAUAAUACCAUACUUGUAAAUUGCUACUUGUUUCCACUACAGUUUACCUGGUUUUUGUAAGUUUAAAGCAUUUGAGAUUUUUUCA